CCCUGUAAAACAUUGACUUCAAGUUUACCGACGAACAUUAUGGCGUAUUGUUUUAUUAGUGAAACGGUAUACCAUUAAAGGUUUACUGAGAGAAAUUUAAGGACAUUUACGUAUAGGCGCACUUGCUGAUAGGAAGACAAUCGGAGUCAUUUCAGGUAAGACAGAGAAAGAUGAAGAACAGAAAAGAGAAGAGCGUGGAAUCCGAUGAAAAGAAUGUAAAUAACAACGAGGGGCCUGAAUGUCGACAAAAGUUUUACUCGAGACUGUGUGAAUUAAGAGACCAAGCCCGAGAGAGGGGCAUUGGGCAGGACCUGGUAGCUCAUGUGUUCAAAUCACGGGGAACUUUGAAAGUCCAGGCUCCAGUGGAGAACUCAUGGUCCAAAACUAUAACAAUGGCCUUGACCUUAUCUAUUAUUAUAACGGCAGGGGUCAUGACCUGUGCUGGAAUUGCCAUGAAAUAUUUUGGGUUAGACGAGGAGCUACAUGAAUUAAUUUCCGAAUCUCGCUGUAUUGUUGAUAAUGGGGGAUUCACAAUUGAAAUUGCCCGACCCCUGACAAAUUGUGAGUGUUGCAGAAAUCUGAAAGAGUUUCCAGUGGAAAGAAACAUUUCCUCUGAGGACUUUGUGAAGAAAUAUGCUUACACCGCCGUGCCUGUUCUCAUCAAAGACGCAACACAAAACUGGACAGCUAUGACCAAUUUUAGUUUUGAUUUCUUCAAAAAUAUAUACACGAAAACAAAAGGCGCGUUAACAACUAUUGACGAAGAAUGUCAAUUCUUUCCAUAUAAAACAGAAUUUGAGACUUUGGGCGAAGUUUUUAACAUGUCUGCAGAGAGAGCUAAUUUUACACCAGGAGAAAAACCAUGGUACAUUGGAUGGAGUAACUGUCAUUCCGAAGUGUCCGCCAUACUACGUCAGCACUACCAGCGACCGUACUUCCUUCCGGCGGACUCCGAAUCCAGUUCAGUGGACUGGAUGUUCAUGGGCGGACCCGGACUUGGAGCAUUUGUCCAUUUAGACUAUGUUCAGCGCCCAUCCUGGCAGGCCCAGAUUUCUGGACAGAAAACAUGGACUUUGAUCCCAACCCCCGAGUGUGAGGACGUGUGUACUGAACUAAACGUCACAGUCAGUAAAGGCGACAUCAUCGUGCUGGAUACAAACCAGUGGUACCACGCCACUUACAUCCAUCCCGGAGAAAUCAGCAUCACCAUUGGAUCGGAGUAUGACUGAAUAAAACAUAAUAUUCAAAAA